AUGGUCGCUGCUUUAUCAUACCUGCCCACCGAGCUUAUCGAGAGGAUAUUCGAGUUUACAGUGGCGGAGACCGCCUCGCAGGAGUGGCUGUACAAUUUGGUUACAUUGAUCGACUUCGCAGUUUCUUCUGGGGGCGAGACCGCUAUAAUGAACACGUUUUUAACAAAUUACGUCAAGAAGAACCUAAUGGUUUUGGACCUGACCUGCGAGACUACACAGAAAUCAAUACGGCAGUUUAAAUAUAAAUUUUUGGGGAAGCUUUUACCCUACAUUGAUCUGGAUACCCAAUAUAUCAGACUUUCUGAUAUAGAGACUGCAUCUGGUAAGAUCCAGAGUUCGAAGAUCGAGAAACUUAUCGUUAUAUUUGACGAAUCUUCCGAUUUGGCCAGUAUAGACGCUUUUUUCCCCUUAGCCAAUUCUAAUUUGAAAAUAACCGAGUUCAUAUUUUGUAUCCAUGAUCUGAAGAGUUCGUUCUACUCGCCUCUGGAAAAACUGCACGAAGCGAACAUCGUGUCGAACAUCGAUAUCAACACAUUGUACCUAGAUUCUCUAGAUUCGAAUGUUUAUUCAGAUCAAGAUUUCUUUGGAAUUUUUGACUCCAACAUUUUCCAACUGAUUAAUAAAGACUUCCGAAAUUUCUUUACCAAGACUAAUCAAAAGGGGAAUGGAAGACCUCCGAUUUGCAAAAAAGUUUGCUUUCCCUUUGUGGAAACUUUAAAUUUAGAUUAUAUGGCUCUGGAUUUAUUUUUUAAUUCGAUUCUGCGUAAACUGACUGCCAGAAUAAAAAGUUUUGAAAGAAAUAACGAAUUUGACGUGAGCGAAAACUUGAAUUUGAAUUCGACAACGACGAUGUCAUCUUUGAUUAUCAAAUCGAUCUUACGACAAUUCUUCAACGAUUUCCACAUAAACUUUCCCAAUUUGGUCACUUUGAAUUUCAUCAAGACUUCCACUUUCCAAAACCGUAAAGAGGUUACUCAGUGCUGCAAUUUCAUAGAUUUAUCGUCAUCUGUACUGAACAAAUGUUUGAGCGAAAGUAUUUCGAUAAAUUUUCUCUUCCAACUACACUCUUUGAAAAAUUGGUCAUUGCCCAAGAUCAAGGAAUUUACUGGACACAAGUUCAAGUACGACGAAACCACUUCUUCAGGCUCACCAGAGAGAUAUAUUAAAUCAUUAAGAGGGAACAUAAAAAUUUUGCAAGACAUGGCGAUUAGCGAAACCAAUGAUGGUACCUGCUAUUUCAGAGUGAAGUUGAUUCCUGAAGGUGUGGAGAAAACCCAAAUAAUCAACUGGAUACCCUACGCUUCUUCAUUCGUCGAUGACACCGCCAACCAAAGACACCGCCUGAGAAGACCAAUGAUCUGUUUGAAAAACAACUCAUUGAAAUCCCUGACCGUUAAGAUCAUACGCAUCGAGAAAUGCUCUUCUACUGACAUCCAGGGGUUCUACUUGCCCAAUUUAAGGGAAUUGUUUAUAAACAACUCCAUCUGCGAAACCACCACCCAGCAGCAAAGGCAAGCUACCAAUGAUACGAGUUGCAUAGAAUUCACGUCGUGGAACGAAUUACCGCAGUGUGGGAAGCUGGGGUUUGCCCAGUUGAAGAAUGACUCAAAUUAUGUUCUCAACAUCAGUAAUUUGCAAGACCACUUACCAAAUUUGAAUCUGCGGGAGAGUUUCCCCACAUUUUUCGAUGAAAGACAAAAAUUUAUUGUUGUGUAA